AUGGUCGUCCUUGCAGCUGCCAUUGUGACCAAGAGCGGCAAAGCCGUCAUCUCUCGCCAGUUUCGUGAAAUGCAGCGUUCUCGCAUCGAAGGUCUUCUUGCUUCAUUCCCAAAAUUGACCAGCACUGGACACCAACAUACGACUGUUGAGACCGAGCAUGUGCGUUAUGUAUAUCAACCUCUAGAAGAGCUCUUUAUGGUGCUUAUUACCAACCGUCAAUCCAACAUCCUUCAAGAUAUCGAAUCACUUCACCUUUUUGCCCGCGUGGUCACCGACAUUUGUCGCUCGUGUGAUGAGCAAGAUAUCCUUCGCAACGCCUUUGAAUUGCUAUGUGCUUUUGAUGAAAUCAUCUCUGAAGGUUAUCGGGAGAACGUGAAUUUGGCACAGGUCAAGAGCAUUAUUGAAAUGGAGAGUCAUGAAGAAAGGAUACAGGAGAUCAUUGCCAAGAACAAAGAACAAGAAGCAAAGGAGGAACUCAAGAGACGUGCCAAGCAAUUUGAAAUGCAAAAGAAGGAGGCUCAAAAGCGUGGCCAAGGUUUCAUGCAGGGCAACUUUAGCUCACAAGGCAACUACAUGGGUGGACGCUUCUCACCAGCAUUGGAGCCAACUGUGCAAACUACCAUCGACUCGCCCGCAUUCAACAGCCGUUCAUCUACGCCUCCUGCAUCCUCUGGUACAAAGGCACGUGGUAUGCAACUUGGCCGUAAGCCGAAGUCGACCGAUUUGUUUGAAGCCAUCAAAACCGAGGUUGAAGAACCAUUGCUCAAAUCCUCGCGAUCAGCUGCAUCAAGCACUAUCACAAAGGAAGUCGAAGGAGUGCAUGUUUGGAUUGAAGAGCGAGUAUCGAUGGCAGCUAACCGAGAUGGUGGUUUGGAGCAAAUGGAAGUUCGAGGUGUUCUCACAUUACGUGUUGGCGAUGCUGCUAACGCACGUGUCCGUUUGACACUGCAAGCUGCUGAUGAUCCAGCUAUCAAUUUCAAGACCCAUCCAAAUGUGGAUAAGAAUGCUUUCAAGAACGACAAGAUGGUUCAAAUGCGAGAUGUAUCACGUCCAUUCCCUGUGCAGCAAAAUCUUGAGGUUGUCAGAUGGAAGUUUUCUACUCGAGAUGAAACGGCGGUUCCUCUUUCCAUCAAUUGCUGGCCUUCCCCUGCUGGUGAUGGUACAUGUGAUGUAAAUAUCGAAUACGAAUUAGAAGCAGAUCACUUGGAGCUUCGUGACGUUGUUGUUUCUAUUCCUCUACCUGCUGAACCUGCAGCAACUGUGCACAGUGCCGAUGGCUCAUACUUUGUGGAUCGUCAACGUCGGGUACUUGAUUGGCAAUUGCCCGUGAUUAACAGCUCCAACAAAUCAGGCUCUCUCGAAUGCAACGUACCAGGCGAGGAUGCAAAUGGUUUCUUCCCCGUGAUGGUAUCCUUUGUCAGUGAACGACUCAUUUGUGAUGUUGAUGUAAUUGAGGCGCAUAAUCUAGAGACUGAUAGCCCGGCCCAGAUCACAAAAGAAAUCCUUCUUGCAGCUGAUGAUUACACUAUUGGAUAG